CACAGAAGAGAGACUAGAACGACUACCACGACACAUAGAGGAAGCAACAUGGAGUUUCACGACGUCGGUGUACACUGCGCGGCAGAAAUGUGCGGGCAACAAGAUUUUUUGCCGUUCACCUGCGACGCGUGUGGCAAGGUCUUUUGCCUUGAUCACCGCACUCACGCGGGUCACAACUGUACCAACGCCAACGCCAAAGAUAAACGUGUCCUCGAGUGCUCCAAGUGCAACAAAGUUCUCCAGAGGCCGGCCGGGGUGGAACACGCCCUCCUGCUCGAGAGGCACCUAGCUUCCGGCUGCGUGGAUGGCGUCCGAAAAGCGAGGCCGAACAAGAUACGCUGCUCCGUGCAAGGCUGUCGACGCUCGGAGUUCGUGAAGGUGUCCUGCGGAAGCUGCCGAAGAAAUUUCUGCUUCAAGCACCGGCACGAGGAUGACCACAAGUGCGAGGCAAUCGCGGAGGCGACGAAGCGAGAACACCCCCACCUGCAAAAGAGGGGCCUUGGCGGGACGGGAGGGCCCAAGCCUAAACCCAGUGAUAGCAGGCCCUCGGGCGGCAAAGAAGCGGCGGGGGGGCGCAGGCCGUGCGGCGUGGCGGCCGCAGAGGCGGCGGCGAGGCGAGAGAGGGAAGCCGCGGCCCGGAGGGGGGCGGGGACUGGCUCCGGCAUCGCCGCGCGUUGA